CUCAGUGAGGGGUUGGGUGGGAAAGUGACACCGAGCGGGGACACGGAGAGGUGACGAAGAGCUGGGAGCGGAGGGAGGCUCAGCCCGCCCGCUGCGUGGGGAGCGCACUUGCCGGUGACAGGGCCCCAGAUACGGUGUUUUUACCGGUUGUGCUGGAAAAACAGGUCGUGGGGCGAUAGCGAUCGGUGCCUGGCAGGGCGGGUGCGGGUACAGAGCGGGUGCGGGUCAGCGGCGGGGGCUGCCGGCUGCUGCCGCCUCCGCCCCGCUGCCAGGCUGCUGUGGUGUCCGGAGCCCUCCCGGGACGCCUGAAGCCUCUGCCGUGCCCUCAGCCCGUGCUCAGAGCCUGUCCUGGGAUAUCCAGCGCUCCCUUCGGGAUGCCCGGAGCCAUCUCGGGAUGCCCGCGGCCGCUCCGGCGGUGCCCGCGCUGUCCCGGGUCACUCAGCGGCCGCUCCGCUUGGGCUCGCUGCGGGCGGCGCCGCGCUGGUGCCCUGCCAAGGCGGGCAGAAACAGAAACCUUUAACCCCUGGGAUAUUUACAGCGCCGCGAACCCCGCGGCGCUGCGCGCUCCGAGCCCGGCCCGGGCUGUACCCGCACCUCCUGCGGGCGCUCGCUCGGGGCCGGGCCGGAGCGAACCCACCCGGCCGCCGCUCCAUCUCCCGACCCUGCCUCUCUCCCCGCCUCCCUCCGCCGGUCCCCGCCUCCCCGUGUCCCUCGGCGGGAGCCGUCGCGCUGCGAUGGCGCUGUGGCUGCGGCGGGGCCGCGGCCCGGAGCGCAGGGCGGCCGAGCGGCGGGAGCUGCAGGAGCGCAGCCGGCAGCAGUGGGAGAGCACCAGCCGCGCCUUCGCCCGCGCCGCCGCCUGCUGCUCGCUGCAGGCGCGGUGGAGCCAGCCCCGCGUCCCCCCGCCCAGCGCGGCGGCGGCGCGGCGGGACGCGGAGGAGGCGGCGGCGCGGCUGGAGCGGCGGCGGGAGCGGCUGCGGCGGCUGCUGGGCGAGGAGCGGGAGGCGCUGGCGGCGGAGCUGCGGGAGCGGCGGCGGAGCCAGGAGCUGCGGGACAACGCCGGAGAGAGCGGGAGGAAGUUCGCUGAGCCGCCGCUGCAGGAGCGCUGGAACAAAAACAACGCCGAGCUCCGAGAGGCAGAGUCUGAGCUGCAGAGGAAGCACGUGAGGGAGGCUUGGGGUGAUCAGCUAACACAACAAACCAAGGAAGAGGUGACCAAACUUGAAGAGAAGAAACAUGAAAAUGAGUGUGAAACUGCACGAGGGGAAGCACUGGAAAGAAUGAGACGAGAGGAAGAAAAGCCUCAGCUGGAGAAGACCUUGCUUCAGCAGAUAGAAGAACUGAAACUGCAGGAAACAAAGGCAACAAAGCUGAAAAAGGAGCAAGAGAAUUUAUUGAAGCAGCAGUGGGAGCUGGAGAAUUUGGAAGAAGAAAGGAAACAAAUGGAAGAGCACCGGAGGAAGAAGGAGCUCGGUCGCUUCUUGAAGCAUCAGUGUGAUGUCCAGUUAAGGAGACGAGCGCAGCAGGUACAAGAGGAGCUGGAGGCAGACAGGCAAAUCUUAUCAGCCCUCCUGGAGAAGGAAGAGCAGGAUCAGAGCUGGCAGAGCGCGUGGCGGGGAUGGGCGGUGGCAGACGUGGCCUGGAUGAAGAAGGUCAUUGAGGAACAGCUCCAGCUGGAAAAGGAGAGGGAAGCAGAGCUUGAGACUAUCUUCAGGGAAGAAGCAAAAAAAAUCUGGGAGAAGAGGGAAGAAGAAUGGGAAAGAGAGAAGGCGGCCAGAGAUCGCCUGAUGAGUGAGGUCCUUGCAGGCAGGCAGCGCCAGAUCCAAGAGAAGAUGGAGCUAAACAGAAGGGCCCAAAAAGAGUCCAUUAAAUAUCGAGAGCAGCUGAUCAAAGAGCUCGAGGAGGCCAAGGAAGGGACUCGUCGGGAGAAGGAGCAGGAGGAGGAACAGCAGAGAGCCCACAGGAGGGAGCUGCAGGCACAGGGGACAGAGCACAGCUUGAGAGGGGAGGAGCAGCAGGAGGGAUCAGCCCGGCAGCACCUGGAGGAGCUGGAGCAGCAGGAGGCCAGGCAGGGCUGGCACAGCAGGUUCUACAGUUACCCAAGAGCAGCUUGGACCUGAGGAAUGAGCAUGAGAUGCAGCUCCAGACUACAAAGAGAAAACUCUGAGCACCCAAGGAACUCCUGAAAUAACAGUGCCUCUGGAAUAGCCUACAGCGAGAUCAAGACUUGACUCAGUCGAUUUCUGAAAAUAUUUUUUAGUUGUGGCCAAGCUGAAGAGGAGAAAAGUUCUACUGUCUUCAGGAAUGUGGAGGUGUGAGCACCUUCAGAGAAGUGAACUGCUUCACUUUGCAUUCUGGAGUUGUGCACAUGUAUUUUGGUAUGUGAGAAGCUGAAGCAACCCAGCAAAUUAAAGGGCCCUGUGGACCCGAGCCACAAAAGCAUCCGUGUCUCCCCAGGAAGAGGAGCUGUGGGGCUGUGUCAGACUCCCACCUUGGAGAAUCAGGCUGUGCCUGGUUCCCACUGGACUGUGAGGAGUUAAUUCAUAAUGUGUAUUGCAAAUCAGUCAGAUCAUGUGUGCUGUGGCAGCAGUGCUUGCCCAGUUCCUCUCCAGAAGGUGCUGGAGAAUGAAAUAUUGUUUUUCACUUCUUUAAUAAAUAAUGAAUAAUUGAAACCUGAACAA